GGUGUGCGUAUUCUCUUCCAUCGCCCAGUUCACAUUUUCAGAAAGUAAUUAUGGCACUAAAAUGCAUUAACAAUUUACUACCUUAGUUUUAGCAUCAGACAAAAGUGUGAGUAAAUACAGGACGCACAACAACUUUAUUGUUAGUUCGUUUCGUUGAGGUUCCGUGUCGGCUUUUUGUUGUGUCUUUCAAUAAUAUUUCCUCCCUAGAUCGGUUAUUUGUGUAAUUCAAAAUAUUUCAUGCGAAGCACCGACUAAUAUGUCAUCAGAGGUAAGAUGUUAAUAUUAAUUCUACUGUCCAGUAAACUUUAUAAAUUAUGCAUCGAAAAAUCUGGAUUUUGCUUGUCUUGGCCAUGAAAAAAUCACAAUAUUUUUAAUUUCUAUUAUUUUAGUAGACAUUCCAUUUGCUGAUUGUGUCCAUUCAAAGCUGUUUAUUGUUUUAUUAUAGAGGUAUCAUUUGCUAAACAUCUGUAUUUGCUGUUUAUUCUGUCUAAACGAUACACGUUAAUAAUUCUGUCCACUUUCAGCUCCUGAGAAUAAAUAAUCUGCAACAUCGUAAAACACCAAUAGCUGACUGUAACAUGUGGCCAGUGAUACCACUACGGUAAACCAAGAUACAGUUUUUUCUAGACAGAAUCGGUAAACGUCAUGAACUGGCAAGGAAACGGACGAAGUGUCUGUAUACCUCUCAGGACUGUCUAAAUCCUAUCGUAUGGAACCAUGUGAUUAUUCGUUAAUUUCCAUAAUUUUUUAAAAUUACUUUUCUCACACUGUGUUCAGCUCUAUGUGGUUGUAGUCACUCACACACGCACACAAAGAAGUUCACGCAUUAUCUUUCAUAUACAAGUACAUACAUCUGUCUAUCAAUCUUACAAUGGUUAAAUCUCUAAUUUUUACAAGUGCACCUUCACCAUUUUUUUUCUUUGCAUAUUUGUAAUCUUCAAUAUCUAACUGAAACCUAGGAAUUUGAUAAAAUUUCCAGAAAAAUGUAUUUUUGAAGGUGAGGUGCGAAAGUGCAUUAGCCCCAUUUCUUUAACCAUAUUUCGGGACAACAUUUUGCAGAAAUACGUUUUCAAGGAUCAGCUUGUCGGAGUUUGGCACAGUUUGUUUGUAAAAGAUACACAUUAUUAAGAAAAUUACAAGAGGAAAAACUGGGACAGAAUGUGAAAUGUUAGUGGUAUAAAGGAGCUUCUAUGUGAGAUCCAUCAUGAAUAUUGAUCAUCAUUUGAAGACUAAUGGAAGAUGUUAUAAAUAAUAGAUAUAACCCUCUUUAUAUGAUUUGUCUAUGGUGAAAAACUCUGAAAUAUUUCUUCUGAAUUAAUAGCAACAUUUGUUUUCAUCAUUACCUGGAAUAUUUACUAAAGUAUUUUCCCAUUCAGUCUGAACUUGGAAAAAUCAACAAAGGUGUUUGUAUUACCUUUAGAUAUUGACAAAGACCAGACUUGUGGAAAAUAUAGCAGCAGAAGUAUUUGAAUCAACAAAGAAAUAUAUAAAGAAGAACGGGAAAAUAUAUUUUGUUUGUAUACAAGAGAACAAUAAUGAAUCCUCAGAAGAUGACAAAAGAAAGAGAAAAAUUAUCACACCAAUGUGAUAUCUGUAAAAAGACUUUUUCUAACAAGGGAAAUCUCACUAUUCACAAAUGUGUUCAUACAGGAGGGAAACCAUAUCACUGUGACAUCUGUGGGAAAUCAUUCUCUCAAAAAUGUAGCCUUACCUCUCACAAAUACAUUCAUACAGGAGAGAAACCACAUCAGUGUGAUAUCUGUGGUAAAUCAUUCUCUCAAAAAAGUAACCUUACCUCUCACAAAUACAUUCAUACAGGAGAUAAACCAUAUCAGUGUGAUAUUUGUGGUAAAUCAUUCACUCAGAAAAAUAGCCUUACUUCUCACAAAUACAUUCACAUAAGCGAGAAACCAUAUCAGUGUGAUAUCUGUGGUAAAACAUUCGCUCAAAAAAGUCAUCUUGCUUCUCACAAAUCCAUUCAUACAGGAGAGAAACCAUAUCACUGCGAUAUCUGUGGUAAAUCAUUCUCUCAUAAAAGUAGCCUUACUUCUCACAAACGCAUUCACACAGGAGAGAAACGAAACGACUGCGAUACUUGUGGUAAAUCAUUCUCAGAGAAAUUCAUUCAUACAGGGGAGAAACCACAUCACUGUGAUAUAUGUGGUAUAUCAUUCUCCCAGAUAGGUGACUUAACUAAACACAAAUACAUUCAUACAGGAGAGAAACCUCAUCAUUGUGAUAUCUGUGGAAAAUCAUUCUCUCAGAAAAGUAACCUCAUCUCUCAUGAAAAUGUUCAUACAGGAGAGAAAUCAUAUCCAUGUAAUAUUUGUGGUAAAUUAUUCUCUCAUAGAGGUAGCCUUGCUUCUCACAAAUACAUCCAUUCAGGAGAGAAACCAUAUCACUGUGACAUAUGUGGUAAAUCAUUCCUUCAGAUAGGUAACUUAACUACACACAAAUAUAUUCAUACAGGAGAGAAGCCUCACCAGUGUGAUAUCUGUGGAAAAUCAUUCGCUCAGAAGGCCAGGCUUAUAACUCACAAAUACACUCACACUGGAGACAGACCAUAUGAAUGUGAUAUUUGUGGUAAAUCAUUCGCUCACAACAGUAGCCUUACAUAUCACAAAUCCAUUCAUUCUGGAGACAAACCAUAUCAGUGUGAUAUUUGUGGUAAAUCAUUUUUUCGAAGAAGUUACGUUAUCUCUCACAAAAAUAUUCAUACUGGAGAGAAACCUUAUCACUGUGAUAUUUGUGGUAAAUCAUUCACUAAUCCCGUUAAUGUUACUAAACACAAAUACAUUCAUACAAGUGAGAAACCAUAUCACUGUGAUAUUUGUGGUAAAUCUUUUUCACUAAGAUGUUAUUUAAUUGCUCAUGAACGUAUACAUACUAACGAGAAACCAUAUCAGUGUGAUAUUUGUGGUAAAUCAUUCUCUCGAAAAGGUAACCUUAAUUCUCACAAAUAUAUUCAUUCUCGAGAGAAAUCUUAUCACUGAUAUUUGUGGUUAAUUGUUCUGUCAAAAGUGUUGCCAUACUUAUGACAAAUCCAUUCAUAAAAGACAGAAAUCAUAUCACUGUGAUAUCUGUGGUAAAUCCUUUUCAUUAAGAAGUUAUUUAACUACUCACAAACUCACUCAUGCUCAUGAGAAGCCAUAUCACUGCAAUAUUUGUGGUAAAUCAUUCUCUCAAAAGAAUGGCCUCACUCAUCACAAAUCCAUUCAUACAGGAGAGAAACCAUUUCACUGUGAUAUCUGUGGUAAAUCAUUCUCUCACUUGAGCACUUUGAAUUCUCAUAAAUACAUCCACACAGGAGAGAAACCAUAUCACUGUAAUAUCUGUAGUAUAGCAUUCUCUCAAAAAAGUACUUUAUCUGUGCACAAAGGCACCCAUACAGGAGAGAAGCCAUAUGCCUGUGAUGUCUGUGGUAAAUCAUUUUGUUCCAGAAGCAGUUUAACUUCUCAUAAAUACAUUCACACAGCAGAGAAACCGUAUUCUUGUGAUAUCUGUGGUAAGUCAUUCUGUGUAAAAAAAAGUAUUUAUCUAAACACAAACGCGUUCAUACGCGUGAGAAGCCAUAUCGCUGCGAUAUCUGUGGUAAAUCAUUCUCUCAGAAAAGUUACUUAAAUAGGCACAAAUACAUUCAUACAGGAGACAAACCAUAGCACUGUAAUAUCUGCAGUAAAUCGUUCUGUGUAAGAAAAUAUUUAAUUACAAGUCCAUUCUUAUUGGAGGGAAACUAUGUGACUGAUGUCUGCAGCAAAUCAUUCUCUCAGGAAUAUGCUUUAUAUACUUAUAAACGUAUUCAUACUGGAGAGAAACUCUAUUACUGUGAUACCUGAGGUAAAUCAUUCUCUGUGGAACAAUAUUUAACUAAUCAGAAAUGCAUUCAUACAGGAGAGAAACUAUAUAACUGUUUAAUCUAUGGUAACUCAACACAAAUACAUUCAUACAGGAGAGAAAUCAUACUACUGUGACGUCUGUGAUAAGUCAUAAUAAUAAACUGCACACAAACAUAUUCAUACAGGACAAGAUUGGGAUCUUUUUUAAAACGGGGGCCACAUUUUUCAUUAAUCUUUUACGUAGUGUUUUUGGUACCGAAAGACUUUCAAACUUCGUAUACUUAUCUAUUUUGUGUUAUAGAACAGAAAAAUAUUUUUGUAUUCGAAUUUAUUUCAUGUAAAAAAUUGUCUUAUUUCGAUAAGUAUUCAGUUGUUUAUAUUUACUUCUUUGGCUGAUUAAGCCAUAGCUUCGUUUUGUGGCCCCCGUUUUAAAAAAGAUCCCAAGAUUGUUAUGACUGUGUUAUCUGUGCUAAAUCAUUCUCUGAAUCAUGUACCCUAACUAAACAUGUAUUUAUUCAUAUUGAUCGAUAACAAUACCAGUGAUAAAAUAGAUGUCCUGGUGAAUAAAA